CAUCGUUUUCACCAUUAGAAAAACGAAAUGCAAAUGUGCAUUCUCUUCUGGUUAUCUUAGUUUUCUUCUAUACAGUAAAGUGAUUUCUUUCUCACAAUGGGUUACCGAAUAGCUAUGGUUUCUGAUUUUUUCUUUCCCCAACCAGGUGGAAUUGAGUCUCAUAUUUUUCAAUUGUCUCAACGACUCAUUGAUCUUGGCCAUAAAGUUAUAGUCAUUACACAUGCGUACAAAGACCGCGUCGGCGUCCGAUACCUUACCAAUGGUUUAACGGCUUAUUAUGUUCCCCUUCAUACGGUAUACCGAGAGACGACUUUUCCUUCGUUUUUUUACUUUUUCCCUAUCUUUCGAAAUAUUAUUAUCCGAGAACGCAUUGAAAUUGUGCAUGGACACGGAAGUCUUUCAUUUUUAUGCCACGAUGCCAUUUUGCAUGCCCGUACCAUGGGCCUAAAGACUUGUUUUACUGACCAUUCCCUAUUUGGGUUUGCUGAUGCGGGAAGUAUUAUCACCAAUAAGCUUCUCAAGUUCACCAUGAGUGAUAUUGAUCAUGUCAUUUGUGUUUCCCAUACAUGUCGAGAAAACACCGUUCUUCGUGCUGUCCUUAAUCCCAAAAAGGUUUCGGUUAUUCCAAAUGCGUUAGUCCCCGAAAACUUCAGACCAGACCCUUCAAAAGCUUCUAAUGAUUACCUGACCAUCGUUGUAAUUUCAAGAUUAUACUAUAAUAAAGGAAUUGAUCUCUUAAUUGCUGUGAUUCCUAAAAUUUGUGCAGAAUUUCGCAAAGUUCGAUUUGUAAUUGCAGGAGAUGGACCAAAAGCAAUUGACCUGGAACAAAUGCGCGAAAAGUAUAUGCUACAAGAUAGAGUGGAAAUGUUAGGUUCAGUACGACAUGACCAAGUUCGGGAUGUCAUGGUACGUGGUCAUAUUUAUUUACACCCAAGCUUGACAGAAGCGUUUGGAACCGUCUUGGUGGAAGCAGCAAGUUGCGGGUUGUACGUUAUAUCUACCAAGGUUGGAGGUGUUCCUGAGGUAUUGCCUUCUCAUAUGACUCGAUUUGCUAGACCUGAAGAAGACGAUUUAGUACGAACCUUGUCAAGUGCUAUAUCUGAUUAUCUCAAUAAUAAAAUCAAAACGGUGAAAUUCCAUGAAGAGGUAAAAGAGAUGUAUUCAUGGAUUGACGUCGCCGAACGAACUGAAAAAGUUUAUGAUAGUAUAUGCGCAGAGCCAAAUUUGCGCCUCAUUAAUCGUUUAAAACUUUACUAUGGAUGUGGUCAAUGGGCUGGUAAACUAUUUUGUAUAUUAAUAACGUUAGAUUAUUUGGUUAUGAUGCUCUUACACUGGAUUUGGCCGGCUUCAGAAAUUGACCUCGCAGUGGACCGUCCACCUGUUUUCCCUGCUACACAAGAUGAUAUUCAUAUAUUCAAGACGUCUAGUAAUGAUUCAACAUCAGAAAAAUUUUACUAAUUCCUUCUCUAAUAAUUUACACUUCUUUGGAGAUAAUAAUUGAAACGGAAAACAGGCUCCGAAUAAUCACUUGUUAAGUUCGAUCGGUAUAUCAUUCGUAAACUUACUCUUUCCAUUCUUUAAAAGAAGUAACAAAUAUCGAUGAAGACGAUAGAUUGAAACGAUCAAAGAAAUGUUAUAUUAUAGACAGCUAAAUAAAAAUAGGGUUCACU